UCCUGCCUCUUCUCCAUGCUGGUCGGCAUUUUCUCAAUCUAAUUCUGGCUCUUGGAAUUCUCCCGUGUGGUGCUGAUCUGUCGUUGCCUCUUUUUCCACCCGGUUGUAGCCAGGAAGCCACACAGUAACUACCCACUUCUAAAGCUCGGUGACAAAAGCAUCUUUGGGAAAUCAUUGUCAGUCACUGGGGCAACAUCCCUUGCUCAGGAUCCCUUCAGCUUCCUUCUGGACCAGUUAAGACCCCUUAUUGCACCUCCAUCUGGUCCCUUCCUUUUUAUCGGCAUCCCUCAAAGCUUUCCCUUAAUUAACACUUGGUCCAGUGAAUGUGCUUUUUAAAUUCAUGUGCUUUAGAUUCCCUGAAAGAAAAAACAAUCUCUGUUCUCUGAGCCCAACUAACCACUACCAAGAGACUGCUGCAUGACAAAUGGCUGCAGAGUCAGUACAUGGCUGGUCAGUGACAAUGUUGAACUUGCCCUCUCCAGAUAUUUGCCCUUUACUCUCUGUUCCUAUUAUCCGAAUUUCUAUCUUUCAAAGUCCGUUUAUUUGUGUGUCUAGUUUAGAGAGCAGCCCAACUGGUCAGGAUUGAUGUCCGUGCAUGCCAAUACUGAACUCUACAAUGUAACUGAUCCGGCUGUACCAGUUAGGUUCUUCCUGGCUGAGCCUUCAAGACACCGUAAGGUUCUACCCUUCUGAUGUGGAAGAAUUAUUCCAGAUAAAUAAACGGUGUCUCUAAGCAGAAACUCCGCAGGGUGGGUGGUGUCGAAAGAUGGUGUAACAAGGGCCCAGAUUCUUCUGUUCCUUUGACAAACACUGAUGGAGUUUAUGUGCCAAACCCUGAGACAAAAACACACAUACAUUUUUAACUCCUUAAAUAUCCACAGCCUUUAAGGUAAAAAGAAAUGGGAAAAUAUUUAGGGAUGUUUAAAUUACUUAGGCUAUUAAUACAUUAUAGUACAGCAAUGGAGUUAACAUUUAUCAAGGCCAGAGUCGUAUAAAAGACUUGGGCUGAAGGAGAUGGCUCAGCAGUGAAGAGCACAAAUUGUUCUUCCUAAAGGCCUGAGUUCACUUCCCAGCACCCACAUCAGGUGACUCACAACAGCCUCUAACUCCAGCUCCAGGGGAUCCGAAGUCUCUGGUCUACACAGGCAUCCACACACACAUACGGCAUACACUCCACACAGACACAUAAACACACCUGAUUUUAAGAAGACAUGAAGGGGAUUUUAAGCAUGAAGGGGAGAAAUAAAACAAGCAAGACGCACCUCCCAGCAGAUCUCAUCCACAACCCAGGAGUUCAGCCAAACUGGCUGACGCGAUAUUUGAUCUUCAUGUUGCUCUUCUGAAUCUCCUCGCUCCCUGGUCCUCUCCUUGGAAUGCCUACCGCCCAUCUCACUUUCCCCUUACACACCCUCCUCUCUUCUCCUGGUCCAAAGGCUGACUCUAUCAUCAGCUAGGCUGGAGUCUUUCGCACCCAGACCCCACUCAUGCAUUUAGACAUCUGCUUAAGUAUUAUAGCUACUUGAGAACUUAGCUUCUCUCCUAGUACAAAAUCCUAGAAUGUAACGAUCUUCCUUACGCAUCUUUACAUGCCCCAACAUGCACUUUUGUUAUUUAAUACCUUUAGACUUAGAACGGCAAUUGGUUUAAGUGUCAAGGGAUGUGAACAGCCUUUCUCAGUGUCUCAAGGGCAGAAGCCAAACCGAUUGACCCCAACACUUAACCUUGUGUUCCUUCCAGAGACUCCUCAAGGACACAGACGUCUGGGUUUAGUUGCAUCUGGCAUAAACAGUAUAAAUAGUUUCUAGGAGCUGGUGUGAGCUGCAGGAAGGAGUGUGGGCCUCAGAGUCACACAGACCAAAGACGCCACCAUAUCUGCUAUCGCUGGUCUAUGUGGCCUCAGAGGUACUGCUUUAUCAGUUAGUUAGGUUUUGAUUUCCUGGUGUACAAAAGAGCCUCCUCCUCUCCCACACUGUUGCUCUAGCUAGGUUCUGAGAAUCUGGUAUGUACCUGAGGUUCCUAGAAGAGUGCAUAGGGGAGCUAAAUAUUCCUCUUCUCUCUGCACGUCUCCUAUGUAACAGAAAACAUCGUUAUGUGCAACUUACGUUUUUUUUUUUAGGAUAACAAAAUAUUUAACAUCUACCCACAGGCUACGGUAGUGACCUCAGCCAACUCUCUUCGUUUCUCUGUGGCUACAGUUGGCCUUGUCCAAGGAUGGCAGAGGCCAUACCAGGGACUAUCAGUUUCUGUCAGCCUGGUCAUCACCAUGACAGACCUACUUUUUGUUCCCCUGGUAACCUUGAAGAAUCUCAGUAUGCCUCUCAGGAUAAUGACUUUGGUGUCCUUCAUACCCUAAGGACUCCUGAUAGGCACUGAUCACUUUGAAAGCCUUUAUUUUUAUAAAGGCCUUUUUAAAAUCUUUGUAAAACUCCCAGGAUUGCUGACCUCGGGUAUCAAAUUUCUAUCAUUACUAAAAGCUCUCACAACUUUUAUUUGGAUGCAAAAAAAGGAAAUAGGUAAUGUCAUAACUUGGUGACAGUAUAGAAACUAAGGCAAUAUUUGCUACCUGCUCCCAUCAAACUCUAACACUCUUCACUGUGUCCUCAGCUUGUGGGAAAUCCUGAAGAUGGCCAAAGAUGAUUCCACUGUUCGCUGCUUCCAGGGCCUGCUGAUUUUUGGACAUGUGAUUGUUGGUAUGUGUGGUAUCGCCCUGACGGCAGAGUGUAUCUUCUUUGUAUCGGACCAACACAGUCUCUACCCACUGCUUGAAGCCACCAACAACGAUGAUAUCUACGGGGCAGCUUGGAUAGGCAUGUUUGUGGGCAUCUGCCUCUUCUGCUUGUCCGUUCUAGCCAUAGUAGGAAUUAUGAAGUCCAACAGGAAAAUCCUCUUGGCGUACUUCAUUAUGAUGUUCAUAGUGUAUGGUUUUGAAGUGGCAUCUUGUAUCACAGCAGCGACACAGCGAGACUUUUUCACAACCAACCUCUUCCUGAAGCAGAUGCUGGUGAGGUAUCAAAACAACAGCCCCCCAACCAAUGACGAUGAGUGGAAAAACACCGGCGUUACCAAGACCUGGGAUAGGCUCAUGCUACAGGACCACUGCUGUGGUGUAAAUGGUCCGUCAGACUGGCAGAAAUACACCUCUGCCUUCCGGGUGAAGAACAACGAUGCUGACUAUCCCUGGCCUCGGCAGUGCUGCGUCAUGAACAAGGUUAUGGAGCCUGUCAACCUGGACGCUUGCAAACUCGGAGUGCCCGGUUAUUACCACAGUCAGGGCUGCUAUGAACUGAUCUCUGGACCAAUGGAUCGGCAUGCCUGGGGAGUUGCCUGGUUUGGAUUUGCCAUCCUAUGCUGGACUGUGAGUAUCCUCAGCACAUGUUUUAUUUCAGAAAGGGGCAAUAAUGAGAGACCUUGAGACAGUACCUGGUUAUUUCAACAACCCUAAAAAGUCUGGAAACCAAUUCUUGCAGCUAAGGUCGUCAGAAGAUAUCUAGCACCAGACCAAGGAUUAUGGGCUCCCUUGAGGUGUAGGAUGUCAACCUCCCUCCUAGGGAAAGGACGGGCCUACUCUAGAAACCCUUCUUCUAGCUAUCCCAGAUGAAUCCACCUGGGCUUCUUAGUGAACUCCGGCUGUGUUCCACGUUGAAGUCAUUCAUUGCAGCUAGAGUUCAAGGCCCAUCCUGUCACCUCCCUAGACAGCUUCUGAGGCCCAACAUUAGUUGUCUAGCUCCUUUCCAUGGUCUCAUCACUUCCUGCUGACUCUCUGUGAGAAAAACACAGGGAGGUCAGAGCCCUGGCUCCCAGCCCUAGCUGCACAUUGAAACCUCCUAGACAGACAGAACCUGUAUGUACCAACCACUCUGUGGUUCUUCACUUGAUCCUACAGCUGGGCCUGGGCAUUUUGUUUUAUUUGGCUUGUGUUUGUGUUUUGAUUUGGUAAUUUUUCUAGAUGAUUCUAAAUUUCUGUUCCAGCUGAGAACCAUGAUAUUUGGGAAACAAUUCCAAACUUUGAUACUGGUUACCCUGGUACACCUUGAAAUGUGUUAAGGAUUCAAAGAAAGAAAAAAAGCUAUUUUUCUCUA